CCUCUGAAAUGGAUAGAUUAUGUGUACGGUGGUAGGCUGCGUUAUAUCAACUUGUCCAGUCUCAGGAUCUGCCUUAAUUGCAAAGCGCACGGGACAAUGGAAAACUGCUUUUAGUUUGGGAUUUUACUUGAUGUGUUUUCUAAAGGAAAACUAAAAACGGGAAAGCUCUCAAACAGCGGGCGGACAGUUACAGAUGUGGAGGGUCUUUCCUGCGACAAGGUGUACAUUAUAUUUACUGUUGAACGCUGACGGUGUCCUUUCUUUUAGCUUCUGAUAAAUUCCAGAGAGUUGGAUUGCUGUAUCAAGGAAGCAGAGUGCAGUUCUGAAGACCAUGCAGAUUAGUGGGAUGCCAAAUUAUUGCAGAGUGCAGUUCUGAAGACCAUGCAGAUUAGUGGGAUUCCAAACCUUUCCAGAGUUAACUGUUGAAUUGAUUAAAAUGGGGAACUCUGAAAGCCAAUACAGCGUUCAGGGGUGUAAAAGCCAUCGUCUCGUUAUACCUGGCAAGCAGAAGCCUUGCUCCCUAAGAGUUCGAAGUGUUCAUGCCAAAGAUGAACAGUCUCGCUCUGCACACAGCUGGGGCCACGCUUCCAGUUACAAGACUCGAGCGCAGGCCAGAAGCUGCCUUUCACAGCACAAAAGCAGCCAGCCAUACUCCACCCGCCACUACGACUACGUGACCAAGGGCAGUAAAAACAGUGCCAAUGACAAGCCCAGAGACUGCAACCCCGGGAAUAACUUCAGGUUUGUGUCUGAGAACGACUUCUUCUACGCUGGGUACGACGCACAGAGCAGCCACAGCACAGCCGCUGAGUGCAAUGGCCAUGUUGAAAAUGAGAAGGAGUCCCUGUCGGACACAGUGGAAGACAAAAGCAGUCCAAAGGUGCUCAUUAAAACAUUGGGGAAGUUUGACGGUAGCCUGAGGGUGGAGUUCACCAACAGUAACAACAACAACACACUCCCUAUUUACGACUGUGAUGGACCGGUCCAACUGUUAAAAUACUCCCCUACUCUCGAGUCAACACCCAAUAGUUCAGGUAUCUCAAGAAGGCAGAGCCCUAGCCCUGGAGACUCUGGGCUCAGAACCAGUAAGGGAAGCUCCUUCAGCUCUGAGAGUUCAUGGUAUGAUGCUCCAUGGGGGAAUGACGCUGCUGAUUUCAACGACAUGGAGCACCCCGACUCCUCCAGCAGGACUGCAGACACAAGCCUGGGAGAUGCAGCCCUACAGAACCAGCAGAGAUUGUUUGAACAGCAGGCAUCUCCUAUAUCCCUACAGGAUCUCUAUAGGGAUGCAAGCAUUGCAUCCGCCUUUCCAGCAGAGAAGGGUCUUUCACCGGAGUCCCUGAAUGCCCCGAGAAGUAAGAAGCGGGCAUCGCUAGCCCCGGAUGUGGAGGUGGUGUCUGACUCGGAGGGUCUGGGCAGCAUGCAGUACUCCUCCUACACGCUGCCUUGUCGUAAGUCCAAGCCCGUUGUGGAGGGCAAUGCCAAGAAAGACACCCUGAAGAGCAGAAUGAGGCGCAUCAGUGACUGGACUGGAAGCCUGACCAGGAAGAAGAGAAAGCUGCAGGAACCGAAAUAUAAGGAGGCGAGUGAGUGCUUUGACAGUGGGAUCGAUGGCUUCACUACAGACACCAGCUCUCCCUCCCAGGUGUCCAGCUUGCUGUGGCCCCCCAGCGCAGGCCCCACCCUGCCGCUGCGCAGUGAGUCCAGCCACGCCCUUCACAGCGACGCCCUGCGGCAAAACAUCUAUGAGAACUUCAUGAGGGAGCUGGAGACGGGGCGCUGCAGCAGCGAGACGGAGACGGAGACGAGCAGCGACUCUCUGGGCUCCCGGGAGCAGCUGGACCUGCUCUUUCAGAAGGAGCAGGGGGUGGUGCGCAAAGCCGGCUGGCUCUUCUUCAAGCCCCUCGUCACUCUGCACAAGGACAAGAAGCUGGAGCUGGCCCCGCGACGCAAGUGGAAGCAGUACUGGGUGACUCUGAAAGGCUGCACCCUGCUGUUUUAUGAAACCUAUAGGAAGAAUUCCAUGGAGCAAGACUUUUCCCCGCGCUACGCCCUCUUUGCUGAAGACAGCAUAGUGCAGUCUGUUCCCGAGCACCCGAAGAAAGAGAACGUCUUCUGCCUUAGCAAUACCUUCGGAGAUGCCUACCUCUUUCAGGCUACAAGCCAAACAGACUUGGAAAACUGGGUGACUGCAAUUCAUUCCGCCAGCGCCUCCUUGUUUGCAAAGAAACAAGGAAAAGAGGAGACGGUGCGACUGCUGAGGAGCCAGACGAGGGGCCUUGUCCAGAAGAUUGACAUGGACAGCAAGAUGAGAAAGAUGGGAGAGCUGCAGCUCGCCACUGUGAGGGACCCAAAGAACAGGAAAGCCAUUGAGAACCAGAUCCAGCAGUGGGAGCAGAACCUGGAGAAGUUCAACGUGGAUUUGUUCCGGAUGCGCUGCUACUUGGCCAGUCUGCAAGGAGGAGAGCUGCCCAACCCCAAGAGCCUCCUCGCAGCGGCCAGCCGCCCUUCUAAACUGGCUCUCAGCAGGCUGGGCAUCUUUUCAGUGUCCUCCUUCCAUGUUCUGAUCUGCUCCAGAGAUGAAUCUACCCUGAGGAAGCGCUCCCUGUCUCAGACUAUGAGGGGUAAGAAGGGACUGUUCUCCUCCCUCAAAGGGCUGGACAGUCUGACCAAACGAGGAAAAGAAAAGAGGGCUUCUGUGUCCCAGAUUUUUGAAAGUGAUGGACAAAUAACCCACAUUCCUUUGAACCCCAGCAGUUGUGAGAGAAUUGAUGGCACAGCUAACAUCUACUCAGCAGCACCACCUGAAGGCAGUCAUUGGGAAAGCUGUUUUGAUUCUUCGGCAUGUGUGUAUUUACCUGACACCCAGGGAGUAACUGUGACCGUUCAUCAGGAUCUUAGGGUUGAAGAUGUGCUGAACUUGGUGUGCAAGAAGAAGCUGCUGGACCCAGCCCAGUACUGUCUGCGUCUUCGAAGAACAGUGGGAGGCAAUGUGGAGCUCAGCAUGCCAGCCUCCAAUGAGUACUUGCAAGGACUGAUUUAUGAUGAAUUAGAAGUCUUUCCCUUGAAUGUUUUUCAUUUGCACCUGUUAAGGACCGGGACUACAGUUGAUUUUGGCUUUGCAGUAACAGGUCACAUUGAUGGACAGCGAAACAGCCGCAUAUUUGUGAGUGAAGUGCUUCCAGAUGGAGUGGCUUACUGUGAAGGCUUGAGAGCGGGGGAUGAGAUCCUCAGUGUGAAUGAGAAGACUGUGUCGACCCUUGACCUUGGCCUCAUGGAGCCCUUGUUCAGCCAGCAGAGUCUGGUGUUGACUCUCAGGAGGGAUCUGCUGGGCCUGCCUUCACAGUUACCUCCUCCCAACCAGUCUGAGCUUCUGGAAGAGUUUCUGGACAAACAUCCAAAGCAGGCAUCAGCUGACGUUGCUGAUGUUCCUGAUGUACCCAGCAGUGUUAUAAGAAGCACUCCUGAUGAUUCCCUGGAGCUGGCACUGCCAAGAGAGAAGACAGGAAACCAUCCAAGGAGUGCAGACCCCGGGAGCACCCUGUACCAGAGCUUCCAGGAGGUUACAGCGGGUGUGAUGGAGGGGCAGAAGGAGGGGGCUGAUCCCCCUCUCAGGCACGGCACUGGCCACAUGUCAGUCACAGAGAGGCUCAGGAAAGUCAUUCAGGAGCUAGUGGACACAGAGAAAUCCUAUGUGAAGGAUUUGAGCUGCCUCUUUGAAAUCUACCUGAAACCCCUACAGAACGAGACCUUCCUCACUCAAGAUGAGAUGGAGUCCCUGUUUGGGAGCCUUCCUGAAAUGCUGGAUUUCCAGAAGGUGUUCCUCCAGACGCUGGAGGAGAAAAUCGCUUCCUCUCCUGAUUUCAGCACCCUGGAAAACCCAUUCCAGUUCAAGAAGCUGCUGUUUUCCCUUGGAGGCUCCUUUCUGUACUAUGCUGACCACUUCAAGCUUUACAGUGGCUUCUGUGCAAACCACAUCAAGGUUCAGAAAGUGCUUGAAAGAGCUAAAACAGACCGAGCUUUUAAGGAGUUUCUUGGCGCCAGGAACCCGACCAAGCAGCACUCAUCGACAUUGGAGUCGUACCUCAUCAAGCCAGUGCAGCGAGUCCUGAAGUACCCUCUGCUGCUGCGGGAGCUGGUGUCUCUGACAGAUGCAGAGAGCGAGGAGCACUAUCACCUGACAGAAGCAUUUAAGGCCAUGGAGAAGGUGGCCAGCCACAUCAAUGAGAUGCAGAAAAUCUAUGAGGAUUACGGGACAGUGUUUGACCAGCUAGUUGCAGAACAAAGUGGAAGUGAAAAAGAGGUCACUGAGAUUUCCAUGGGAGAAUUCCUCAUGCAUUCCUCUGUAAUCUGGCUCAACCCUUUCCCGUCACUGGGUCGGAUGAGAAAGGAUCCUGAGAUCACUGUAUUUGUUUUUAAGAAAGCUGUGAUCUUGGUGUACAGAGAGAGCAGCAAAAUGAAAAAGAAAACACAAGCUAACACUCGAGCUGCAUACAUCCACGGGGAUAUGGAUCCAUUUAAAUUCCGCUGGCUUAUUCCUUUAUCCGCUCUUCAGGUGCGGCUGGGGAAUGCAGCAGGAACAGACACCAACUGCAUCUGGGAAUUGAUUCACACAAAGUCUGAAAUUGAGGGAAGACCUGAAAGUGUAUUUCAGCUGUGCAGCAGUGUACCUGAAAGCAAGGCACAUAUAAUUAAGGUUAUUCGCUCAAUUCUGAGGGAGAACGUCCGGCGACACCUGAGAUGUGAGUUUCCUCUGGAGAAGAUCUCAAAAGAGCGCCUCGUUCCCUUACGAAACACAAUGCCGCUGUCAGCCAGGAUCGGUUCUUCGAGGGCCUCCUGGUUAUGCAAGCUGCCAUCCAGCAAUGAAGGAACCUUAAAGGCAACCCUGCUGGAUUUGUACGAGGGGAGUCACAGUAGUGGCACUCAGAGCAGCGACUGUCGGGAAGCAGAGAGUAUGCUGGAUAACCACCCGCCCACCAGCCGGGACAGAGAGAGCAUGCUGGACUCCCAGAUACUGCGGCCAGGUGAGCCUGAGGACAACGCUGUCAAGGAAUCAGACAUUCUGAGUGACCACGACGAUUACUGUGAGACUGGUAAAGAGUCUCCAACCAAAGACAUUGAGGUCCAGUUUCAGAGGCUGAAGCUUUCCGAGGACUCCAGUGCAGACAGACAGCUAGCACCCUGUGUUCAGCCUGAGGCUGAAGAACUGGACGGGCCGGAGAGGCAGCCCAUGCUGGUGCAGGGACACUACUGUCCCAUCAAACGCAAAGGAAACAGCCUGAAAAGGAACAAGGGGGUGUUGUUAGCUAUGAAGGAACACAGCAGAUCUCUGGACAGCCAGUCAGAAGCAGCCAUCUUGGAUCUCAAUGCCCUCCUGGAAAGGGAGUUUAGUGUUCAGAGUCUGGCCUCGGUCGUCAAUGAAGACUGUUUUUAUGAAACAUCAGACAGUGAUGAAAAACCAGUCUUCCCUUCUCUAUAGAGUUUGUCCCAUUGUAUGCAUUAGCCUAAACACUGAGGCCAAGUGAAUUUUCUUUUAAGAGAGAGACUGAAAUGGGUUCUGAAAUAAAGGCAUUUCUUUUUCCCUGUUUGAUACAAGGAUUCAAAUUUUACUUAAUGAGAAAAUCCCUUGCUGUAUCUGUGCACGAAGUACACAUUUUGCCUAAAUAGUUUUAUUUAAUUUUUUCUGUUGUUUAAGAAAACAUUUCCUUGUAUUUAUUAUGGUUAGUUUUCAUUUAGAAAGCUAUUUAUGGACCAGUAGUUUGUCUUCCCAGUUAAAACGUAUUACACGAUGAAAAAGGACCAUUUAUUUUUCUGUACAUUUUAUAUAACUUUGGGGAAUGUAGAAGUAUUGUUUGUGUUUUUUUUUAAAUAAACGUUAUCAAAGUGAUCUGUUGAUGUUCAAUUUGGGGCUUUCCAGUUAUGGUUUUACGUGAUUGAAAUCAUUAUGUAUUUGUGCAACAGCUCUUUCAGGUUGGUGAUGGCCUUUGUUUUGUUUGUUUUUAAUGCUUUUUUAAUUUCUUUUUUUUUUUUUUUUUAUAUAUAUAUUUUUGAAUUGUUAAAGCUACAUGAAGACUAAUGUAUUUUCUGAAAAUGACUGUACUGUAACUUAAUUUGGGAUAUAGUUUGUAUUCUUGACAUUGUACAAGUAAAAAUAAGUGCUGGAAUUUGCAAUAAAUACUGUGUCUAGUAA